GAAAUCAGCGGGAUCUUGACUCAUCUGGAGUCUUAUUCAUCUCUUUUCCUCAAACUUCUUCCACAAAAUGAUGCGUUUCUUGCUGCUGUUCAGCAGGCAGGGGAAGCUGCGCCUGCAGAAGUGGUUCACACCAAUGUCAGACAGGGAGAAGAAGAAGGUGAUCAGGGACAUGACCAUGCUGGUUUUGGCUCGUCAACCGCGUUCAUGCAACUUCCUCCACUGGAGGGAUCUGAAGAUCGUCUACAAAAGGUAUGCCAGCUUGUAUUUCUGCGCAGGUAUGGAGAACCAUGACAAUGAGCUGCUCUGUCUGGAGGUGCUGCACAGAUACGUUGAGCUGCUGGAUAAAUACUUUGGUAAUGUUUGUGAGCUGGACAUCAUUUUCAAUUUUGAAAAGGCAUACUUCAUCCUGGAUGAGUUUAUAAUGGGAGGAGAAAUCCUGGAAACAUCCAAAAUGGCUGUUGGCGCAGCGCUUGAGGAGGCCGACAGUCUUCAGGAGACUUUGGACGAAUACAUGAACAAGCCAGCCUACUGAGCCAUGAAUGAAACUGGAGAUUCAUCUCUGCAAAUAUUGUGCAUAGUGAUCACCAAGGGCCCCUGGUUUUAAUAC